AACUGACCAGGCAGUACAGCCGUUCACGUGCAUGUGUGCACACAUUUGUGUGCGUCAGCGGCGGAUAAGAUACGUGAAGCAUCACCAGAGGUGUCAGGCUCACCCUGCCAGGCUGCUGCUCUGUCUCUGCACCUCAGAGCCGGAGAACAUCUGUCUCUCAUGUUCCUGCUCACGGUGGCACUGAACGGACGAUGCGGCUGCUCACUGUCCCAGCUUUGCUCCUCUUCUUCAGCUCAGGGCUGGCUCUUCAGAUUCAGUGCUACCAGUGUGAGGGGAUGACACACGACUGCUCCACCCCAGAGUUCAUCGUCAACUGCACUGUGAAUGUGCAGGACAUGUGCCAGAAGGAGGUCCUGGUGAAAAAUGAUGGGAUUUACUACCGCAAGUCCUGUGCUUCAUCAGGAGCUUGUCUCAUUGCUUCUUCUGGUUACCAGCAGUUCUGUACUGGCAAGCUCAACUCAGUGUGCAUCACCUGCUGUAACACACCACUGUGUAAUGGACCCCGCCAGAAGAAAAGACCCCAGCCGUCCGCUGCCAUUACCCUGGCCACACAGCAGCUCCAUGUGUUUUCUCUCUACAUCCUUCUCCUGCUGUCCUCCACCCUGUGCUGACAGACCUUCACAUGCUGAGAUAAGACGUGCAUUGAAGAUGUUCUACCCCUAAUAAUGGAGAAGAAAUGAACUGGAACUGUGUAAGCUGGGACACAUACUUUGAAGAGUAUAUUCUAUGAGGCGUGUAGGAAGCUUUGUACUGUGUUUUCUUUACUCCUCUGCUUUUUAUGUUGCAGCUUGCCUCCAAGGUAAAAAAGCUACAUUAUUCAUCACAUGUGUGCCACAGACAGGAUCAUGGUGCAGAUGCGAUGGAAGCUGGGUGAGGUGAAGUGGAGGACAGUGCUGUGGAUGAUACAGCUUCUAGCUAUUUAUUAGACGGCAGGUGGCUUGUCCUCAUUUGUCUCUAUUUAUUUACACUACAAGGUUAAAUAAGGCAUUUUGCAAGAGAGAUCGGUAGAUUCAGAUUUAUCACUGAUUCUCAGAGCCUUAGGAAAAGACUGCCAGAAUAGAUGCUGAUUUAUUCUAUGUGAAAACCAUUCACUGUCACCACUUGUGGAGCAUCAGCUGAGGAAGUUUGAUGAUUCUGGAAGGAGAAGCACAGUCAUGAAGAAUUUGAUUUGAUUUGAUUUAAUUUAUUCUUUCAAGCAUGUAAAGACAGUUGAUAUGUCAACACACA